UCCACUUCCCUAAGAGAUACGACCGUCAAACAGAGCUAACCCUAGCAGCUAAAGCCGAGCCGAGUGGAGCCCAAGUACGCGCGAACGAGCCAUUGAAUGCGGAAAAUAACGGUUCAGAGGCCACACUCGUCUGAUCCUCACUCUCAAUUGUGGUGUGUGUGUCUUUCUUUCCAUCUUCAUAUAUUCAUAUAAUCCCAAUUCUCUCUCUCUAUCUCUAGGUUACCUUCUUCUUCUUCUUCUUCUUCUUCUUCUUCUUCUACUCUCAACCCUCCCUUAAUUUCGUUCCCUCUGCCAAUUUUUCUUACUUCGACUUCCUCUGCUUAUCAAAACUUUCCACUUUCCCUCUCACCACCGUCCACAAUUUCAACGGCCUGGUGUUAGUUGACUGUGUUGGAUUAUUGCGUACAAAAUCUUUCAAUGUGAGGUUGCUUAUGGAGGAAAGAGGUUCAUUAACAAUGAACAGCCUGGUGUUUUGCUUCGUACUUGUGUAGUGUUUGACUCUAUAAUAUUCCACCUUAUAUGCCAAUGGCUUCUGAUCAAAGAAGAAAGCGAUUAAAUGGGGCAAGCAUGGUUCGUUAUGGUUCUCCAGAGCAACAUAGGACUAAAAGAAAUAAUUUUGGACCAGUGCAAAGUGAUUUAACCAUGAAAUCUCAUGUUUCUGUUGAGUGGGAUGCUAAUCACCAAAGGGUUGUUGCCAAGCGGGAACAGAUUGGCAUCAGUUGGAGACAAAUGAGACCAUUUGCAAGUUUUGAUCACGAUGGACAUGAAGUCUUGGCAGAUGUGCUUGCCAUACCUGAAGAAAUUUUUGGCCUUGAUAGUUUAAGUGAAGUGCUCUCCUAUGCGGUUUGGGACACACAGCUAUUGGAUAGUGAGAGAAAUUUUCUUAUGCAGUUUCUUCCUGGUGACAUAGAGCCACAUCAAGUUGUGCAGGAAUUACUCUCUGGGGAUAACUUUGACUUUGGAAACCCUUUCUUAAAAUGGGGUGCUUCACUCUGUUCGGGCGAUCUUCAUCCAGAUAUGGUUGUUUCUCAGGAGCAACAUCUAAAGUCUGAUAAAAGAGCAUACUUCUCGCAAUUACGAGGUUAUCAUAAGGAUAUGAUUGGAUUUCUAGUUAAGUUGAAGGAGAGGUGGGACAGCAGCCAAGAUUCAGAAAAGGAAAUUCUACCGAAGAUUCUGAGAUCAAAUAAUUACACAGAGAAAGGAAGACUGUCAAAGUUGGAUGAAUUUAGAGAUGAUAAUCACGAUGGGAAUAUUACAGUGACAUCUGAGUCGUAUUCCUGGGGUGCAGAGGAGAAAGCAUACGGUGACAACCAAAUUUCCUCAAUGCGACAGGGCAAUGAACUUCAGAGAAGGGUGCUCGGCAAAAACUUCAAUAAAGGUAAACCAAGAAAUAUGAUGACCUCUUCAGAUUUUAUGCUUAAUGUGGGAGGAAGACCCAAGAAAGGAGGCAAACUAUACAAGCCAAACAGUCAUGCUAGUGAUGGUGACCAAUAUAUGUCAUAUAUCAAGAUUAGCAAAAAGCAGCAUGAACUUGUUAAGAGUUUGAAGUUAUCAUGUAAAAGUAUACCGGCUAGGUCUCUCAACUGUGUUUUGGGUGACCUCGAUAACUUCCAUGUGCAACCAUACAAAUUAUUUAUCAAAGAAGAACAGAAGAACUUGCAUGAGCAUUGGUUACAAUUGGUGAAGAAACACCUCCCUGCAGCAUAUGCAAACCGGACAGAGAGACUGAUGCAGAAACAUGCAGUGAGAAAUUCUCUGUUGCUUGAGAUGAAAGAUAAAUCAAAUGUACUGAUAGAGGAUGAGGAUAUUUUGAGCACAGGGGUCCAGACUCAGGACCAGGAGGAUGGUGGUGUUAAUAGCCAGUCUUGUUUGGAAGAUGAUGAAGAUUCUAUUGCUGAAGUACCAGAGAACCAGUCUCUCCAUAAUUCUUAUCACAGCGAUGAUGAGCUCCACCCCUUGCAUAUAGAUUUGGAAAAAGAUAUUUUAUCAAACGAAGAUGAUGGUUCACAUAACAAAACUGAACAUUCAAGGAUUAUGAAAUGUCAGGAUGAUACCAUCGGUGAAGGAGCUUCUUUCUCGCCUGGUGAAGAUUCUAUUGCUAGAUUCCAAGAGAACUCGCCCCUCUGCAAUUCUUAUCACACCGGCGACGAUGAGCUGCACCGGUUGCAUGCAGAUUUGGAAAAAAAUAUUUUAUCGAAAGGAGAUGAUGCUUCGCAGAACAAAACUGAGCAUUCAAGGAUUAUGAACUCUCAGGAUGAUCCUAUCGAUGAAGGAGCUUUCUCGUCUGAUGAAGAUGCUAUUGCUAGAUUCCCAGAGAAUCUGUCCGUCCAUAAAUCCUAUCACAGCGGCAAUGAGGAGCUCCACCACUUGCAUAUAGAUUUGGAAAAAAAUAUAUCAGCAAAAGGAAACGAUGCUUCACAGAAUAAAAUUGAGCAUUCAAGGGUUAUGAACUCUCAGGAUGAUUCCAUUAGUGAAGAAACUCCUUUCUCGUCUGAUGGUCAUGCCUGGCCAGUAGUUGAAAUGUCACAUUCUUACUAUGAUUCUGCUGUGACCCAUGACUACACAACAGAUGGGUUAUCUCUGGUAAAUUCACAAAUUAAUGAAGAUAACCAAACCCAAAUAAUUGGUCCAGAAUCUAAUUUACAUCAAGAAGAGACUGGUAAGGGAUUGUUACAUAGGCAGUCUGAUGAUCCCUUCGGUUCUUACCAAAGCCAGGAUCAAAUUGGCUUGAUUCAGUCUCUCAUCAAGGAUAAGGAGGUUAACUCCUAUCAUCACGAACAAAAAAGAGCUGGGUUAAGUUUCCCUGCUUCAAACAAUGUUCCAAUGGGGGAUGGCCAAUAUUCUAGUCAUUUUAAGGAGUCAUUGCAAACAUUGGAUCAAGGUCAGAGGCAAGGUGGUAACGUUUAUGUGCCAGAAAACAUAUCAGGUAAAAUUUAUUCUGAUGCAGGAAGAUACUUAAUCCCUGGGCAAGAUCCAUUAUCUGUAGGAAAUACUACAGGUUGGGCUGUUAGCACCCCUCGCAUGGUAGCACCCUCUCAAUCGCAUGGAAAUACCGGAGCUUUCAUUGGUCAGCCUUGGUUUGCAACAGACCAUCAUGUUCAGGGUGCCUGGAAUGGAUCUGGCAAUGGGAGUCUAUCUAGUCAGAGUCUCGGCACUGGAGGGAACUCUGAUCAAAGCUUGUUUAGUGUUCUAUCUCAAUGUAGCCAUAUACGUUCGGGUAGCUCUUAUGAGUCAAUUAGACACACAGACCAGUUCCUUUCACCCGGAAACUAUGGAGUAGUAGAUGCAGGUACACAUAGGAUCAAUGCUGUUGUACCACCAUCUUCUCAUCCACUAGACUAUUUCAGCGGACGUGAUGCACCUAGUGCUCUGGUGCCUGAUGAUAUGACAUGGAUAAGCCUGCCUCCUCAGAAUCCUGCUUUAAAUGAUCAAAUGGGAAACUCAUACUUGAGGUCAUGGAACCGGUAAAAUAUGUUUUUACCUAAUUUAGCAUAGUUAGUUUGUGGUUGAAGCACAAUCCACAGAAGGGAUACACAUCCUGAGAUAAGAUAGGUUUAUGUAAAUAACUAUACCAUGGCCAACUCAACACCAUGUAAAUAUCUAAAUCUUAGAUGUGAUGGAAAGAAAAUGCUGGGGGUGGGGGUAAGCUUAAGAAUUUCAUGUUGAUAGGAAGUUAGAUAUUUCAUUCUUAAUUUUGUUUUGUUUUAUGUGUUUCUUGAGAGAGAUUCUUUAAUAAUUUGAAAGGGUAUCAAAUGCUGAAAGCAGGCGCCUCUUUUUGAGCUAUACUUUGUUCUUUUCCAUAAUUUAUGUUUGUAUUGUUGAAACAGGUCUUCUUCAGGUAUGGUUAGAAACUCAUGAAAGGUAUCAAUGACAGUUUAUAAACAUUAUAAAUUAUUUUAUA